AUGAGCGCCACCACGAACACGAACACGAACAACAAACGGCGACUCAAGGACAUUGACACCGGCGAGGACGUCGCCCGUACACAAGACCGGACUGCAACCCAGAAAGUCUUCAAAUCAUCCCCGAUCACAGACCGCUCAUCGACAUUCAUCGCACACUUCCACCCGCACGACAACGACGGUCAUCAAUCCGGCAAUGCCAGUAAAUCGACGACGCAGACGAUCAAAACACUGCAGAACGACCCGGCCUUCGCGUCCGCCGACCACCGCAUGGCCGCGUGGCGCCGCGCAUCGACGCAGCGCACGCUGCUGGGCGCCAUGUCUGGGAGCGGAUCUGGACCUGGACCUGGACUUGGAUUUGGAUCUGCGACUGUGCGCACCAGUGGUGGAGUGACAUACACGACGAACUCGGACGACGACGGCGAGAAAUACGCGGGCAAGCGGCUCGAAAAGGUACUCAACGAGCUCGACGUCCAAGGCACCGUGGUCGUCGCCCGCUGGUACGGUGGUGUUCUUCUGGGCCCGGUGCGCUUUGCCCAUAUUGAGAAUGUGGCGCGCGAGGCCAUUGGGAACUGGAGGCGGAGUGUUGGCGAUGGAAUUGGAAUUGGAAUCGGGGGUAAGAGGGUGAAGGUGGGUGGUGUAGUGGGGUUGCUGUCGUCGUCGUCGUCGCCUGCUGGUGUGGGCGUUAGUUCCAGCCCGGGUCCGGGUUCGGUGUCGAAGGAAAUGACGGACGCGCAGAGAAAGGUCGAUGAGGAGACCCGCGUGCGCCUUGCGGAACAGCUGGUGCGUCGUGAUGAGAGUAUCGUUGUACUCAGGGCGUUGUUGGCGGAAAAGAAGGAGGAGCAGCAGCAGCGCAAAGAUGAGGAGGACAAGCGGAUGAUAGAGGCCGCGAGUUCUGCCAUUCCAGCAUCGAAUCCCGCGCCAGAUUCAAUCCAUCAAAAUGGAGAGGGAGAUGUGACAGCUCCUCAGCCUUCAUCUCUACCGGACACAACACCUUUCUCGUCAUCUGCACCGAGAGAACCUGCUCCUGAUUCAGCUUCGAAAGACACUUCCACGUCCACGUCUGCGUCCGUGACCACCACCGCCAACAUGGCCAGCUCGCCUCCUCUCCAAGCCACUCCAACGGCGACACCAACGACGCCCACAACAAAACCCCAACCCCAACCUAUGGACUACGCACAAAUGCCGCUUUCGCGCCUCCGGCAGCUGGAGAAAGCGCGCGACGCCACCAUCGCGUUCAUCCUGAAGCAGAUCGACAAAGCGGAGGCUGAAGCGAAAGCCAAGCGAGAAGGAGAGGGAAGCUGA